AUGGCGGCGUUGUUUGUUUUCGACCAAAGAAGAAGAAAACAACGCACCUUUAAGGAUCGCAUUUCAUCCUUAGAUCAUCUGUCAGAUGUGGAGGUUGUGGACCGAUAUAGACUCUCACGAAUCGCCAUUAUUUAUUUGGAAGAUAACCUAAGAAAUGACCUUUCACCUCCUACAAACAGGUUACAAUCGGUAUCGUCUAUGACGAAGGUGCUGGUUGGGCUUAGAGUUCUGUCUAAAGGAAAUUUCUUAUCAGAGGUAGACGACCUGCACGGCAUAUCGAAGCAAACAGCGUCAAGGGUGUUGCAUGAGUUUGUAUACGCUGUAAAUCGAAAUAUUGACAAUAUAAGAUUUCCAAGAACACAACAAGAAUUGGCAGAAGCAAAACUUGGCUUCUACAAAAGAUGCAAAAUUGCCAAUAUCGUAGGUGCAGUCGACGGAACACUCGUCCCUAUCAUUGCCCCGAAAGACAGUGGCGAAGCCUACAUAUGCCGGAAAGGAUUCCAUGCUAUAAAUGUGAUGGCUACAUGUAGCCACGACAGAAGGUUCAUCGACAUUGUCGCCAAGUGGCCAGGGUCGCAGCAUGAUUCUUCCGUCAUGAACACCUCGUCGUUGAAGGAACACAUGGAGAGUGAGAGGCCAGGGAUGCUGCUGGCUGAUAGCGGUUAUCCACUCACUACCAGCCUGCUAACUCCGCUUGCUAAUCCCGUAAUGCCUGCUGAAGCAAGAUAUAACAACGCGCAGAGCAAGGGAAGGAUGGUUAUCGAGCAGAGUUUUGGAAUCCUGAAAGGAAGGUUUCGAUGUCUCCACAAAACCGGCGGUGUGUUGAGUUACAGUCCCGAAAAGUCGUGUGCAAUUUUUAUGGCAUGUGCCAGGUUGCACAAUAUGUGUUUGGAUUGGGGUCUGACACUGGACGAUGCCCAAGUAGUGGACCCAGGCCAAGAUGCUAUGGAGGCCUGGAUGGGACAACCAGGCUUGCAGAUGCAAGAACUGCGACGACGAGUUGUGAACACUUUUGUGUGA